UCGGUGGCUACUACGUGCUCUCCGUUUGCUAAGAAUGUGCUGUACAGAAAGUCCAAAUAUUUAUACAGGAAAUGUCAUGUUGGGUUUGCUUAGGAUUUAGUCGUUGACAUCGAGGACACGCUAAAGAGGACACGUAAUGAAAACCAAGAGCAAUACUUAUUUUCCACGGUGGAACAGUUAAAGCAUUAUGAGUGGUCAUUCUGGUCAAAGUCCUGUGCCGGUGGAAAGCAAUGGUAUUACUCCAUUUCAGCAGAUGGUGGCGUCCUGUUCAGGGGCUCUCUUGACUUCCCUGUUUGUUACCCCUCUGGAUGUUGUGAAGAUCAGACUCCAGGCUCAAAAAAGUCCCUUAUUCAAAGGGAAAUGUUUUGUGUACUGCAAUGGCCUGAUGGACCACAUCUGUGUGUGUACGAACGGCAACUCCAAGGCCUGGUACAAGGCCCCUGGCCACUUCAACAGCACUCUGGAUGCCUUUAUUAAGAUAGUCCGAAGAGAAGGAGUCAAGUCAUUAUGGAGCGGCCUCCCUCCCACUCUUGUCAUGGCAGUCCCAGCCACGGUCAUUUACUUCACGUGCUACGACCAGCUGUGUGCUGCCCUGAAGGUCAGAAUGGGGUCACACGCCGAUGAGGCUCCUCUACUAGCAGGCGCCCUCGCCAGAGUGGGCUCUGUGACAGUGAUCAGUCCAUUGGAGCUGAUCCGUACUAAGCUGCAGGCCCAAAGACAGUCGUACAGGGAGCUGAGUGAGGUCAUCCGCUCUGCAGUACAGGCAGAGGGCUGGCAGUCUCUCUGGAGGGGCUGGGGACCCACACUGCUCAGAGAUGUCCCUUUCUCAGCUAUGUACUGGUAUAACUAUGAGAAGGGCAAGGCGUGGCUGUGCGAGCACUACCAUACCAGAGAGCCAACGUUUGCCAUCACCUUCUUGUCCGGAGCAGUGUCUGGAUCAAUCGCUUCUAUAGUGACGCUGCCCUUUGACGUUGUCAAGACCCGGAGGCAGGUGGAGAUAGUGGAACUUCAGGAAAUGAAUUUGUCGUCCAGGGCUUCCUCCUCCACUCUCACUGUGAUGAGCAGGAUUGUGGCUGAGAACGGCAUUGGCGGCCUGUUUGCAGGUUUCCUUCCCAGGCUCAUCAAGGUCGCCCCAGCCUGUGCAAUUAUGAUCAGCAGUUAUGAGUUUGGCAAGGCCUUCUUCCGCAAGCACAACCAAGAGAGGCUGCUGGUCCCUCAGCAGACCAGCAACACCUGACCUGGCUAGGGCCUCUUACACGGACCGCAGACAAAGCCAGUACCUAGAACCUGUGUGUUUCCUUGGAUCCUUAGACAUUUCCAGAUGUAGUAUGCUUGCCUGUGUCCUCCCAACUACGUGGACACUCCAGCGCCCCUCACUGUUAUGAAGUGUUCAAGCAUGUGAUUUCGUCAGGGAUUGCAAGUGGAAGUAAUAGCCGUUUAGCUUAGCUGGUAGAGCAUGAUGCUUGGAGGUGUGGACUUGAUUCCAUAGGAUUACCAGCUAGUAGGCUACAAAACUAAAUGAAGAGUUUAUUUUAGUCUGCUAGCUAGCUACUGUAGCAACAGUUCACUAUCACAAUGACAAACUUUGAAUGAAGCUAUUGCUGCAUUGUGCUGCUAAUAGUGUAGUGGUUGGGGCACAAGACACAUGCCUGUCACUCCGGGAAUUUCUCACAACUUUUUUAUGGGCUUAUGGAGGUCAAGUUUAAGCAGGAACUUCUACGCAUUUUGGCGUAAAUGUGUGGGGGCCCGAGGCCCUCUCAGAACUUCAUUUUGUCCCAAAUAUUGUCAGACAAUCAAUUGUAUUACUACUUAAUUUUAAACUCGAUGAAAGUAUAAUGCACUGAAAUUAGAGAGAACAUUUCUAGAAUUAAUUAAAUGUAUUUUGUUGCCAAAUCUUUUACUCAUUUGCAUAUUCACAACUAUGUAACAAAUAUUUCCUCAGGCCCAUAUUAAUGUUUUGUUAUGAAGUGCAUUGAAUAUGUUGGCCUCUAGGUGGUAUCAGAGAAUUAUAUGUGAGAAGAAAAUGCCCAUUCUUAUAGGACAAGAAAACAUUUUUUUUAAAUGUUUUCUUUCAUGUAGUUGGAUGUUUUAUUACAUAACAGGUGUGUAAAGUACAUCACACUGUGACUUUCUCUCCUUCUGACUGCUCACACUGGGCUUCAACCAGUGGCCCUAUGCUUUACCACACGUGACUGUCCUCUGACAACAUUCCAACAGGUUGAGCCACUAAAUUAAUCUUGGAUGGUCCAUAUUUGUGACAUUUCAAGCCAACGGUAGAAUGAGAAAACUGCAUCUUCAUAAGUCAUGUGCACAGUGCGUACUGGGGUCUUCGAGAUCUAGAGGUGAUCAUUUCUUGUUCAUGGUCUGCAACACAUAGAACCCCCUCUGAUUGAUGUCAGUGUUUUCCGUUUCCUCAUCUUCGCAAUCAUAAUGCAUGAAGGUUUUUUUCAGUGCCAUUUUAAAUCAUUGUAUUGAAUUACAUUCUUCUUAUGAGUUCCACCUCUUAAUGAAUCUUAGUUUAAACCUGCGCUUGGCCAGAUAUUGACUGUGAGACGCUGUACAUGCUUUCAGAAAUUUUCUGUGAUUUUUAUAUUGUUCAAUGUAGUAUAUUCUACAAGAAUCAUGUGAAAUGUCACAUUUUGAAAGUUUGUGCAGAAAUACGUUGACAGUAAAACUACAAUUUUGAAUUGUGAAAAGUUAAA